ACCGACCCCGAGCUUGAGCUCGAAAGGGAGAACUCAUUUGAAAGAACUCAUCGUGGGCGAUGGCGUCAACGACAAGCGAUCGAGCCUCGGAGCGGAGUGCGGGACGGUGCAGUGGGCGCCCAAUUUCAAAUUGCGCUUCGGAUCGAUGAGUGACGCCGGCGCAGGCGCUGGCGCUCCGAGGAGCCGCGGCAGUCGGUGCGCAUUCGACGACGAGGACGAGGAGGGCGCUCGACUGUGAGCCGAAAUCCGAGUCCCGAAUUGCGGGCGAUCGGGAGCUUCGGCCCUGCGAUUUUGUGCAGGCCCUCGAAUUCGAGCAGGGAGGUCCGUGCACGAGGCCGCGAUGAGUGCAAGAGUGUGGCUCUCGGUGGCUCUUGGCUCGAAUUGUCGGUUUCUGAAUCCGCAGAGACGCGCGCUGUCUGGAGUAGGCUCGCAAUUUUGGAGCAAUGCAGGCGUCGAGGCUGGAGGAUUGAUGGGGUUGCGAGUGGACAGGGGUGCGCACUUGGGUUUCAGAAUUUGCAGCAAGAGUUUGGAGCUGUGCGCCGGAUGUGUAUGCGGAGCAGACGAGCGGAGGGUGGAGAGAAGGGAGGUGCUCGGGGAAUUGGCUGGCAGAAGAGGCGAUUGUCGCGCUGCGGAACGUGGAAAGCUUGGCAUGAGUUGGGCGUCUUUGGGACCGGGCCCUUGUGGCUCUCGGUGGAAUCACACCUGGAGUAGCGCUUCCAAGCGCACACUGUCGACCGUCAGAGCUGCAAGCGUUGGACGGGGAGAGUUUUUGGGAAAGAAGAGCGCCAAGACGAAAGUGCAUUUUGUGUGUGAGAAUUGUGGCGAGACGUUCUCUCAAUGGUGGGGCAGCUGCCAAAGCUGCAAAGAAAUGAACACUUUGAAAGAAUUUCGCGAACCGGUGCAGGCUGCCGGUCCCAGAGGCGGAGCUGCAGCUCGAGCAGUAGAGCGGAUGAAUAUGAGUAGGAAAUCCGACAGUGCUCCUGCAAGUGGAGGUGAGAAGACGUCAACUGGAGCUGGGUCCAGAGCAUGGUUUAAGAACGAUGGUCUCGGUCCUCAAAGGCUCACCGACGUAGCCCAAGGAUGUUCCACGCAACACUGGCGCCUCGCUCUGCCUGGAGAUACUGGAGAGGAGGUGGGUAGAGUGCUUGGAGGAGGCAUUGUUCCCGGCUCACUGAUCUUAGUGGGUGGGGAUCCAGGAGUUGGUAAAAGUACGCUGCUACUGCAGGUUGCUGGACUUCUUGCGCUUGAAUCAAAUCUCGAAGGUCCAGCCCCAGUCCUGUACGUUUCGGGAGAAGAGAGCGUGGAGCAGAUCAGCAGCAGGGCCGAUCGAAUGGAGAUUUCUGCUCAUGAAUUGUUUCUGUACUCGGCCACUGAUCUCGAGCUUGUGCUAGAAGCUAUUCAGGGUUUGAAACCAAGAGCUGUGAUCGUGGACUCAAUACAAACUGUAUACCUGCCAGAAGCAACAGGAAGUGCGGGAAGUGUGAUUCAGGUCAGGGAAUGUGCAGCAGCGCUGUUGCGAAUGGCCAAACAGACAAACAUACCUAUAUUUCUGGUCGGACAUGUCACCAAAACUGGAGAUAUUGCUGGGCCUCGAGUUCUAGAGCACAUUGUGGACGUGGUACUUUACAUGGAGGGUGAGAGGCUUCAAUCACAUCGACUUCUGAGAGUUGUGAAGAACCGUUAUGGCUCUACUGAUGAGGUUGGAGUUUUCGAAAUGGUUCAAGGGGGUCUACAGGCUAUCAAGAAUCCUAGUGCCUUGUUUCUGAGUGAAAGAGCGACAGAUUCAAAUAUUACUGCUGCUGCUGCUGUCGCUGUGACGAUGGAAGGUUCACGUCCCAUUCUGUUGGAAGUACAAGCUCUCUGUUCCACUGGUGCGGCGCAACAACCCGGUAGGAGGACUGCAAAUGGUGUUGAUGCGCAGCGUUUGUACCUGCUGCUUGCUGUUCUGACAAAACAGGCGGGCUUGAAGCUUCAAAAUCAGGACGUUUUUAUCAAUGUCGUGGGAGGCUUGCAACUACGAGAACCUGCAGCUGAUGUAGCAGUUGCUAUUGCAAUAUGCAGCAGCUUACUGGAAAAGCCAGUGCCUCGAGACAUGGCUUUCAUUGGGGAGGUUGGGCUUGGUGGGGAACUCCGCUCGGUUGGGCAGUUGGAGAGGCGACUAGCAGAAGCUGCAAAGCUUGGUUUCACUCGCUGUGUCGUUCCCAAGUCAGGAGGCAGGUCAGGAAAGGCUGCUGUGAAGAACAUAAUCGCCAUACCCUGUACAGACAUCAAGGAAGUCAUCGAACGAGCCCUUUGCUGAUUCGAUGAAAAAGGGUUUCUUCCUUCUCAAGUUUGUGGUGUCUAACAUCCGGGGAGCAGAUAAUUCGAGUGAAGAGAUUAUCGCCCUCUAGCUGUUACAGAGCUCGUCUUGGUGUCUUACUUUAACUAUGACAAGCUCACAGACGAGUGGAAUACCCGUUCCAGUUGCGGACUUGAUCCAAACUCACGAAGUCCUGUAUCAAAAGUAAUGUAUGGAUGUAUACAGCCAGUCCAGCCUCUUUGGAAUUCCUUCCAUGAGGGGUUGCCAAUGUGUUUCGAAUGCUUCUUGUGCCGAGAAGCAAAGACUGUUGAAGUAUUCUAAGUGAGUGGCAGUUAUGAAGGGGUACUCUAUCUUCUCACAGGUAUUUGAAACAAAGAUCAGAGAGCAGCUUCUUUUUAAGGUCGAAGAUGUUAUUGGAAAAUGUGGUGUUCCAGCUAGAAAGCUUAGCGCCCAGUGUCGUCGUGGAGGAUUUUCAUAUAAAUUAGCAUGUAGUAGUGAAGAUAAGUGGUGAAGCUCCACCAUAUUUAUUUGUACUCCGAAUAAUACCACAAAUUCUGCACAACCCGACCAAGAGGUGUAAUUGACAGAUUUAAAUUAUCCUUUGCAC